CCUACUCAAAAUCAUUCUCUUAUACGAUGAUGAUGAUGAUUAUGAAAUGAUAGGUUCUCCUAUACAUUCUGCCGCAGAUAAGUAUCGUGUUCAAGUAGCUUUAUCCACUGAAACAACCUGGGAAUCUGUCCUCGGAAGACUCGAAGAUCUGAGGAUGUUUUUUGUUUAAUUCUUGGUUUUUUUUUUUUGGGUUGAUUUGCUAGCUUUUGAAGUCAACAGACCUUUCUCUGGUUUGGGUUUUGUGUAUCUGUACGCGUUUUCAGAACCCCUCGUCUUCUGGUCCAAGGUUAAUUAGUCCAGCAACGCGAAAAGAACACUCAUUUACGAUUUUUUUUUUUUUUUUUUUUUUUUUGAUGAGUUUAAGGAGGUGGUUUUACAGACUGUACUGGGUACUUUUGCUUUUGAUUUGAGGAAAUGAUGAAUGGGUUUUGGGGAUUCAGAGAGAUUCGUCCUGCGUUGCUGGCAGUGGUGUUUGUUUUGGUUUACCAGCAUUUGUCUUUUUGUUGGUCCCUGAGUGAUAAAGGUAUUGUUUUGUCCAGAUCUAAGGAGACUGUAGUUCAUGAUUCUCUUGAGGGUUUGGAGAAUGGCAAUGGAGGAAAUGCUGUGGCUCUGAGCGUGGAAGAGUCUAGAAAUGUAGCUCAUCACCGGAAGUUGAUGGAUGUAGCACCUUUUAAUCCGUUCCCCUUUUUCCCACCGUUUUGGGUUAGCCCGGGCCCUGGACAGAGUCCUCCACCGCCAUCUCCAUCCCCAUCACCAUCAGUCGAGUCGUUCUCGCCAUCCCCUGCACCGUCGCCAUCUAUGGUGCCACGGUUGGCCCCACCUCCCGCUGUUUCUAUAACCCCGUCAUCAGUUCCUGCUCCUGCAGAAGGACCUAGCGUUUCGUCUGGUCAUUUCAGCGGGAAACACCACCGAGUUUUGAUAGUUUCUGUAGCAAUUGGUGGUUCUGUCUUGGUUGUAGCUUUGUUCAUCGUCAUAGUAUUCUCUCAGAAGAAUAAGAUGGCGGUUGUUAGACCUUGGGCAACGGGGUUAAGCGGGCAGCUGCAGAGAGCAUUUGUUACGGGCGUGCCGAAGCUGAAGAGGCAAGAACUCGAGACAGCGUGCGAAGAUUUCAGCAAUGUCAUUGGUUCCUCGUCGGUUUGUACAUUGUACAAGGGCACCUUAUCCAGUGGAGUCGAGAUAGCUGUCAUGUCUCUUACUUUCGUGUCUGCUAAGGAUUGGUCGAGAGAUCACGAAGCCCAAUUCAGAAAAAAGAUUGAUUCACUGUCGAAAGUAAACCACAAGAACUUUGUGAACCUCAUUGGAUAUUGCGAGGAAAAGGAACCUUUCACCAGAAUGAUGGUGUUUGAGUAUGCUCCAAAUGGAACGCUUUUCGAACAUUUACACAUUAAGGAGGCCGAACAUUUGGACUGGGGGGCGCGAAUGAGGGUCAUAAUGGGAAUGGCAUACUGUCUCGGGCACAUGCACCAGAUGGUGCCGCCAGUCUCCCACAAGAACCUGAAAUCCUUGGCCAUACACCUCUCGGAGGAUUCUGCAGCCAAGAUAUCAGACUUUGCGGUCUGGAACGAGUCUGCUGACGACGAAACGGACCCAACACCAGAGAGCAACAUGUACAGCUUCGGGGUCAUCCUGCUCGAGGUGGUGACCGGGAGGCUGCCGUACUCUCCCACCGGCACCGCCCUCGAGGACUUUGCAUCGGACUAUCUCGGAGGCAGACAGUCCCUCAGGGAAAUGGCUGACCCAACUCUCACUUCCUUCCAUGAACACCAGCUUGAUGGCAUUGGUGAAGUGAUCAAAUCUUGCCUGCGUCUCAGCCCAAGACUCAGACCUACCAUGAGAGAAGUUGCUGAUAGGUUGAGGGAGAUCACUGGGAUAGGACCUGAUGGUGCAAUACCGAAACUAUCGCCUCUCUGGUGGGCCGAGCUCGAGAUACAAUCCGCGGACAUAUCUAAUUGAAAAAUGCCAUAUUCUCAACUAAAAAUCUAAGCUGAUAGUGAGACCGCACUCUGAAGAUAGUCUCUGAAGAAUGCAAUAGUCUCGACUAAAAGUCUAAGCUGAUAGUGAGAUCGUACUUAUGCUCAACACAGCUGAAUACAUGAAUCUUGUGCCAUCUUCUUGAUGGCAAUUAGAAGUCUUGUAUUUUUAUAGAGGCUGUAAAUUCAAAGGCUUGUGGGAGUUUGAUUCAUUUUUUUCUUCUUUUUUUUUAGCUUGUACAAUUGUUUGCUUUGGGGAUCAGAUGAACAUAUUAUACAUUUGGAAUGUUAAUAUGUAGAUAAUGAUUCACAACAUGCUAUAUAUUCAUUAUCUAUUUGAA